AUGACUAUUAUUUUAACAUUUUGGAAAAAUAAUGAAAGACGAUUACCAGUUUUAUCGAUAAUUGCUAAACGUAUUUUGGUUAUACAAGCUUCAUCAGCUGAAUUAGAAAGACAUUUUUCAGCCGGUGAAGUUAUUGUUAAUGAGAAAAGAGGUUGCUUGAGCGAGAGUUCAGUGGAAUCAUUAAUUGUAUUACGUGAAGCAUAUGUAAAUAAAAUGUGGCCUAAAUGUAAUACUAGUGCUGCGCUUGUAAAUCGCGAUGAUCAAGAACAACAGCCAUAA